AUGGCACCGUUGCGACGUUCUGACGCUGUACAACAAAGUUUUCGUCGAUUUCAUAAAUCUAUUCGAGAUGGAGCGACGUCAGCAGCUUGUGCAAUUCGUCAAGAAGCUGAAUUAAAUAUUAGACGUAUACGUCACGUUCCACGAUGGAUGCGUGUUUUAAGUAAAAUAUAUCAUCAAUACGGCCUUAAGCAUAUUCUUCUAAUCACGAUUCUUAUUAUCUAUCAAUUUAUUGGUGCAGCAAUAUUUUAUCUUUGCGAAGCGGCACAUGACGAAUCACGUGAGAUAGUUUGGAAAGAAAAAGUGAAACAAAAUCGAACGCGUUUGAUUGAUAUUAUCAUAUCGUCAAUGUUUAACAAUAGCGAUUACCUAUUUUUUCUUACUACUAAUCAGUCGAGACAGGUUACGAGCCUAUUAAACAAAGAAUUAAAGCUUUACGAAAAACAACUUGGUAUUAAGUAUACAGAUCAAAAAAUUAAAUGGGACUUUUGGAAUGCCAUGUUAUAUGCUCAAACAGUAUGUACAACUAUUGGUUAUGGUCACUUGUAUCCAUCUACAACAGUAGGACGACUAUUCACGAUGCUUUAUGCAAUUGUUGGCAUUCCACUGGUGUUAAGCAUUCUCGAUGACCUCGGUUAA